AUGGAGUUUAAGAGGCUAAAUCCAGCUUCACAUUUAGUUUAUCGCUGUCAGCCAAUUGGCAGGCUGAAACGGCUUGAAAGGAAUUUCGAAUUGCUUAUACAAAUAACUGAAUGUUUGUAUAGCAUGAGGGAUACCAUCAACGAGGAGGUAACCAAAGAACUGAUGUGGGGUAAGGCACCAACCUUGAAAUGCAAAAAAUGGCUUGAAAAGGUGGGAGAAAUUGAAGAUCAAGUGAAUGACAUGUUGAAGAUACAGGAGACGAGUUCUGACCUUGUGAUUCACUCGCACGUCGGUCUACAUCAGCAUCUGAUGAGUAUGCUCAAUAAGAUUACUGAUCACUUGGAGAAAUCUCCAGGUGCACAUGGUUCAAUGGCUUAUGUACCUCCUGGACAGAGUAAAACAGUAACUAGUCCAAUACUUCAUGGUGAGGCAUAUGGACUGGCACCACCAGAUAACAAGAAUGUGAACUUGCAAAGGAGAGCAGAAGCAAAAGGAGAAGCAAAUGUGGAGACUGAAAUGUCACCAACACAAGGGAAGGAAGCCGUGAAGGGUAAAGAAAUACAAGAAGGUAAAUAUCUUGAGACCCAAGCAACAGCAUCAAGAGCUGCAUCCAUAUUCUAUAGAAAGAGCCUGCUGGGGUUUAAAUUUGGGGGAGCAACCACUGAAAUAGGUAAACCACAAACAGAGAACAAACGGCUUCAGGCGGGGCCUAUAUUGAACAAACGGCUUCAUAGCAUAUCAAUUGAGCGGAUGCUGCACGAGAUCUUGGGAUGCAUGAAUAGUGUCACAAUUAGUAGAAUUGCCAUUUAUGGAAUGGGUGGGAUUGGCAAGACUACUGUGCUGAAAGCCUUGGCCAAUCAUGUUGAAAGAAAAAGCACGUUUGAUAAUGUCAUUUUGGUGACUGUCUCAAAACAUUGGAGCACAAGAAAGAUUCAAAAUGAAAUUUUAAGACAGUUAUCAAUGUGCGUACCAGAUUCUGAAACUGAUUCCAGAGUUGCAGAAAAACUACUUCAAGUUUUGAACAGCAGGAAAAUACGGGCUGUUUGCAAUGAAAUGGUUGCGAAUAGGGUUAUUGAAAUGGAAACUCUCUCUAGAGAAGAAGCUUGGGAGUUGUUCUGUGAGCAGGUGGGUGCAGUCGUUGAUUUUCCAUGUGUCCAACCUUAUGCUCGAGCCAUUGUUGAGGAGUGUGGGGGUUUGCCGUUAUUGAUCAUUGUCACCGGAAGAGCCCUGACAGGUGUAAGUGAUGCUUUAGUGUGGAAGCAUGCAUUGAGAGAACUUCUAUUACCCAACACAAAUGCUGCAUAUGACACUGAAGCUGUUAUGCAACGAAUGAAAUUCAGUUAUGACAGAUUGAGGGAUUGUGACAUAAAGAGUUGCUUCCUUUAUUGCGCUUUUCUUUCAGAAGAUCAGGAGGUUAAUAUUUAUGAGCUGGUGAAAUAUUGUAUCCAAGAAGGUUUGAUUUCUGGGAAUUGGGAUGAUGCAUGUAAGAGGGGACAUGAGAUCGUUGACAUUCUUGUAGGUGCCUCCCUAUUGCAGAGUACCAAGGGCGGUCUGUCCAUCAAAAUGCAUACUAUGGUUAGAGAUUUAGCAUCAGUGAUCAUAUUAUCAAAGGCAGAACGUCUGCAGUUUCUGCUAAGACCUUAUUUAUUGUACAGGCCACUUGAAAGCCCCGAAAGUAAUAGAUUGUUAAUUGAUGAAGGUUGUCAGUUCUUGUUGAAAGGUGGUGCAGGUCUGAGGGAGUCGCUACCAGCGGAGAAAUGGGAACAAGCCAAGAUGAUCGCUUUGAUGGAUAAUGAGUUAUCCAGUCUACCAGAAAAUCCAUGCUGCCCUGAUCUUUUAAUUUUGUUCCUUCAAAGGAACAGAUGUCUAAGAGUGAUCCCAGCAGCCUUUUUUAAUCGCAUGCCUUCACUCGAAGUGUUGAACCUAUCUAACACCAGAAUCAAGUUCUUGCCACAGUCAAUCUCGAAUCUGAAAAGGCUUAAAAUUCUUGUUUUACGCAGUUGUGAGCGUUUAGUUGUGCUCCCAUCGGAGGUUGGAUCACUUGGAGACCUUGAGGUGCUCGAUCUCCGAGGCACUGAAGUUGAAAAAUUACCUGAUGAGAUAGGUAGUUUGACUUCUCUUAGACACUUGGAAGUAUCCUUUUAUGGAUCUAUCAGCCCCAGUGAGUAUGCUAAGUUGCCCCAUCAAUUGAUUUCACCUGGAAUAAUAUCAAAGCUCAUUUCUUUGGAAACGUUAAGUAUUGAUCUAUACCCUGGAGAUCAGAGGUGGAAGAAAAGUUUGGAAUCCAUCACAAAAGAGGUUUGUAGCUUGACAAAGUUGACUUCUCUCUGUUUCAGUUUCCCAGAAGUGGAGCUUCUACAAUUCUUUCUCCAAACCUGUACCAGAUGGAAAAACCAACUCUUAACUAUGUUCAAAUUUGUGGUUGGUGAUGAUGUCAAGGGUAUCGUGUCUCGGGUCCCCAACUUUGUGGUGCAUGAUUAUAAUCAGCAGGGCCAAUGCUUGAGAUUUGUUAACUGUGAGAAGGUGCCUGAUGUGGUUGUUGAAGUAUUAGCUCGUACUGUUGCCUUCUAUUUGGAUCAUCACCUUAGCAUCCGCAGCUUAUCCGAGUUUGGGGUUAGUAAUAUGAGCGGGCUGAAAUUAUGUAUAUUGAGUGAAUGUCCUCAAAUUCACUCAAUCAUUGAUUGCACAGAACCAACUAAUCAUGCAUUUCCCUCUUUGGAGUAUUUGAGUGUUCAUUACUUGCCCAGCUUGGAGAAUAUUUGGGAGGGCGUUAGACCUUUACCAUUUGGAAGUUUCACUAAGCUUAGAAUUCUGCUGGUGUAUGCAUGUCCAAAGCUGAAAAAUGUUUUUACAAGCAGCAUGCUAUCAUGUGUCUCUAAUCUGGAAGAGUUGUUGGUUGAAGAUUGCCCAGCCAUUGAAGUGAUCACACUUGAGGAUGAGAGCAUGGAUUCUGGAACUCUUAGACUCCUGAGAUUGAAAAGGUUGACACUAAACCAUCUUCCUCGAUUGGCUAACAUUUCGGAAGGCGCUUGGCCCUCGUUAGAGUAUAUUAGCUUGCAUGGCUGCCCUAAUUGGAAGACCAUUGCUAUGAACUCAAAAGUUGAGGUAAACUGUAAAGAUUAA